AUGAAUGAGUGGGUGGGCCCCGACAUCAAUGUGGUGGGACCUCUGCAUAUCCCACCCAGCGAUGAAUUCCCCAUCUCAGAGAGCUCCCACUUGUUCGAUAUUCUUGCAGAUCAAGGCAGUCCUCUCCUGCAGGAUACCGACAUCUUGCCCUUCGCCAGCUAUCCCAGCAUGCAGUAUCCAUCGAUGGAGCCGACCAUGCCCUCCACACCAUAUUACUCCAGUCAGAACUACUACCCUCAGUACAACGGAGACGAAUGGUACUCACACACAGGGAUAUAUGAACUGAGGAAAGGACCCCUGGAGGUCGGCUAUGAUGCUGAAAUGGAGGAGGUGUCUGCUGUGGUGCCCACUGUGUGCAAGAGAACACGGCACAUGUCGCAGGCUGGAAGGGUCAAAGGGGAGGAACUGUGUGUGGUGUGUGGAGACAAGGCCUCUGGAUACCACUAUAACGCGCUUACCUGUGAGGGAUGUAAAGGUUUCUUCAGACGGAGCAUAACCAAGAACGCUGUGUACAAAUGCAAGAGUGGCGGGAACUGUGAGAUGGACAUGUACAUGCGCAGGAAAUGCCAGGAGUGUCGGCUAAGAAAGUGCAAGGAGAUGGGCAUGCUGGCUGAAUGCCUGCUGACAGAGAUCCAGUGUAAGUCUAAAAGGCUGCGGAAGAACACCAAGGCCUCCCCGGGAGAGUCGACUGGAGACGAGACAGAGGGCGCGGACAACACGGACAGCAAACAGGUCACCUCAACCACCAAACUGUCAAAGGAAAAAGUGGAAAUCACCAAAGAGCAGCAGGCGCUUGUGAGUGCCAUCGUAGAUGCUUACAACAGACAUCAAAUUCCUCAAGACGUGGCCAAAAAGCUGCUACAAGAACAGUACAGCGCAGAAGAAAACUUCCUGCUACUGACAGAAAUGGCAACAAGUCAAGUUCAAGUUCUGGUGGAGUUUACAAAAAACAUUCCAGGCUUUCUGUCUCUGGAUCGUGAGGAUCAGAUCGCUCUGCUGAAGGGUUCGGCUGUGGAGGCCAUGUUUCUGCGCUCAGCUCAGGUUUUCAACAGAAAGAUGCCCAAAGGACACACAGAACUUUUGGAGGAGAGGAUACGCAAGAGCGGUAUAUCAGAAGUAUUCACGACACCCAUGUUCAACUUUUACAAAAGCAUCGGUGAACUCCACAUGGCGGUGGAGGAACAGGCUCUCCUCACCACUAUAACCAUCCUAACACCAGAUCGGCCUUAUGUGAAGGAUCACGAGGCUGUCGAGAGACUUCAGGAGACCAUGCUGGACGUGCUGAGGAAGCUGUGUGUCCUGCAGCACCCACAGGAGCCGCAGUACUUUGCUCGUCUCCUGGGCCGUCUGACGGAGCUGAGAACACUCAGCCACUACCACGCAGAGAUGCUCACGUCUUGGAGGAUGAACGACCACAAAUUUACACCGCUGCUCUGUGAGAUCUGGGACGUGCAGUGACACACCAGGAGAAAGGCGUAACAAAGGGAUGAUAGCACGAACAUUUCAACUUGCAAGACAGUCAUCCUACGACUACAGGGCAUAUUUAUACUGGAGGAUGUGAGGAUGUGGAAUGAAAUCCCUGCAUCACCUGUUGCUGCCAUCAGUCCUGACUCUUUGAAUGGUUUAGAGUACUGUUUGUGUUUAUUCUGCUCGUGUAUUUUUAAUGACUCACAACAUCAUCGUGUUUGUCCACUGUGUGAUUCAGCCAACUUAGACUCAGUCUCAUCGUUGAGAUGUUGUGACAGAGUUUUCAGUGCAAAGGGGAAAGUGUUCAAAGGUGGGAUCUGGAAAAAUCCUCUUUAGUGCUGAAGUCCCAAAGUUAUUAGUUGGACGAGUACAAACUGAAACUUAUUCAAUGUAAAGAUGGUGCUCAUAGAAAGUGUAAAGUUUAGAUUACAUUGAGUUUAAUAAUGGCUUAGUUUAUUUUUUAUUUGUAAAACUCACAGUACUUGCACAUGUUCUUGCUGUACGCAAAAGUUGUCAGCCUCAAUAAACAACCAGAUUAACAGGAAAAAAA